UAAGGCGGAUUUAAAUUUAAUAUGGUUUAAAAAUUAUGUGAAUCUAAGUUUUACAACUAACAAUGGGUAUACCACAAGAGCGCAGCCGAAUCAUGAUUACUAUGGAUAACAUAUCGAUUUUGAAAGUCAAGUUGCAACUGAGAACAUAGUAAAAUGAAUUCAUUCUACUAUGACUGAGAGCAUCUAGUGCCAUAAUUGUGUUCAAAUGCUUCAAAUGGAAUUUAUUUUUAAAAAAAGAUCGACGGUGUACUUAAUAUUAAUUUUAGUACAUCUAACCGCGACAACAAAAAUUGUGGGUGCUAAUUGUGCAGAUAGGUUUGAUGUACAUAACGAUAAAAUUAUAAGGACAAAAGACUCUUUAAAGCUGGGUGCAAAGUUCAUUGAUGCCAUUGAACAGCAUAAUCAACUUGAAUGUUUAGAAUUAUGCUGUAGAACAGUAAAAUGCGAUGUUUUUGUAUUCGAACAAAAAUCACCAGGAACAUGCUACCUUUUUGAAUGUGGUUUAUCAGAUGAUUUCAAAUGUAAGUUCACUACUCACACCAACUACAGUAGCGCAGUCAUGGCAUUUAGACCUGCAACUGAAUUAGAAAAUCAAAUAAAACUCACUCAAAAUGAACAUGAACAUGAACUUACCCAAUUAAAAAAACCUAUCAUUCUUUCAUCAACAACAUUACCAGUUGUGCUACCCUUAAAUAAAGAAACAGAAAUGACUAUACCAUUGGAUAAGCAUUCUCAAAGGCCUCAUUGCAGUAGAUAUCAAUUUGAAUGUAAAAAUUCUGGAGAAUGUAUUGCAAUAUAUAAUGCUUGUGAUGGAAUUCCUCAGUGUAGUGAUGGUAGUGAUGAAGCUAUUGAACUGGCAUGUCCAACCACUAGUAAACAAAUGGUUCCAAAAGAAACAAAUUAUGCUAUAUCAAAUAACAAUUAUGUCCAAUCAUUUCCAAAUAAACCAGUUGAAACAUCUGCCCACCUACUAAAUUCACCUAUGAAUUUACAACAGCAAAACCAAUGGAGAAAUCAACAACCACUUUAUGGUUCGAAUAUUGUUAAUUAUAAUAAUGGAAAGGAUCAAACAGCCUAUAGUACCAACUUUAUUCCAUCACAAUACGGAAGAGAAGGAGAGGGCUUAAAAUGGUCAAGUCAAGAAUCAGCAAACCAAAACUAUGGUAACAGUAGAAUAUUUUCUCAUAUUAAUGGAGGAGUUAUAUCUGAUUAUAAUCGACCACAGAGUAAUAUGCCUCCUAGCAAUGUACCUAAUAAAGUUUACAAUUCUGAGAUGAUAUCUAAUCCGGAUACCAACUUUAAUCAAAUGAACAGUGUAAAUCAUGAAUUUCAUAAUUUUAAUAUGGGGAGAAAAAAUACAUUUCAAAAUAAUCCAGAUUAUUACUAUGAAGAACAGAAGACAAAAUUGGAGCAGAGUAAUAAUAUUCCCAUUAAUUCAAUUGAUCAAACCAAUGAAAAGAAAUAUAAAGUGACAGAAAAAUCUACGGCGAGUUCAAAUUCUUUUUUCAAUGGUUCAACUACUAAGAUAUCAAAAAUAGUUUCAAAUUCACAGGAAAAAAUAGAAUCUUUAAAAACAAAUUUCAAUAUACAUGAAACUUACUUUAAAAGCAAUGAUGAUGGUUAUGCUAUAAUACCCAAUGGAGCUUUUAUUUCUUUAAUACUUGGUAUUACAGCUACCAGUAUUAUGAUAAUUGUUGUUACUUGUCGUCUCCGACUUCUCAGAAACCGAUCCAGGAAAGGUAUUAAACAUUCCUAUGCACAUGACGCGGAUUUUUUGAUUAAUGGCAUGUACUUAUAAUAUAUUUGAUUUAAUUGAUCUGUAGAUUGAAAAUUGUUAUUUUUAAUAAAAUUGUACUUAUUAAUAAAAUAUUAUUUUGUCAGUA